AGUCACUAUGUAUGUUUUUGUGAUGUUUGUCCUUUGUUUAUUCCUAUUUAUUUACUAUUGUGUAAUUUCGUUUUCCCGUUAACUGUACAAUCAGAGAAGCAGCUUCAGGCUCAUACGGCGUUUAUGUGGAGCUGAGAGCUCACUUCCGGGUACGUCUCACUUCCUUCAUCCACUGCUGCGGACCCAUCUCCAGCCUCCGCAGCGUCUCUGGUUCCUCUCAGUCCAUUCGUUGUUGCUCAAGUUACCAUUAGCAACUGGGCACCACCCGGCUCAAGUGGCGCUACUGAUGUCCUCGUAAAUACAGCAGGCUGUCAGUGGUGCUUGACGUGGGAGGGAACUGCUGUCAGCCUGAUCAAUAUGGUUGUCCACUGUUUGUUUAAGACCCGACGGCGUGCGACGCUAACGUCCUAUUAUUUCAGACGUAAUUCACCAUCGGUUUGACAAGUGAGACCGGUAACCUCUUUCACCUUUAAAGGCACUGGCAUACAACUCACCAAAGACGCCUGGUAUGCCUUCAUCAUACGUAGCCUCACACUGAGUGGCACUGACAUGUUGCCAGGGGUCGGGGUGUUUGGCACGGGGAGCACAGCCCGAGUGCUGGUCCCGCUGCUAAAAGCUGAGGGCUUUGAGGUUCAUGCCCUUUGGGGGCGAAGCGAAGAGGAAGCCUGCUGCCUGGCAAAGGAGCUGGGCAUCCCAUUUCACACCAGUCGAUCUGAUGACGUCCUGCUGCACCAAGAGGUCGACCUUGUGUGCAUCUAUAUUCCACCCUCAAUGACGAGACAAAUUGCUGUCAAAGCACUAGGUAUUGGAAAGAAUGUUGUGUGUGAGAAAGCUGCAACAGCUGUAGAUUCAUUCAAGAUGGUGACUGCGGCCAGAUAUUAUCCCCAGCUGCUGAGCAUUAUGGGUAAUACCCUGCGCUUCCUGCCAGCAUUUGUUGCUAUGCGCCAGCUGCUUUUGGAGGGAUAUGUUGGUGAAAUACAGGUGUGUGACGUCCGCGUCUACGGCCCGAGCCUCCUGGACGAGUCGUACGGCUGGACCUGUGAGGAUCUGAUGGGAGGAGGCGGCCUGCACACUGUCGGCUCCGCCAUCAUUGACCUUCUAAGUUAUCUGACUGGUGCACGAGCCCAUCGGGUCCACGGGUUGCUGCGGACCUUUGUGCAGCAAAACGGUUUAAUCCGAGGAAUCCGCCGUGUCACUAGUGAUGAUUUCUGUUUCUUCCAGAUGUUAAUGAACAGUAAUGGGUCCACCUCUUCUGGCGUGUGUUGCACCGUGACCCUUAACUUUAACAUGCCAGGGUCGUUUGUGCAAGAAGUCAUGGUAGUCGGAUCCUCUGGGAGGUUGGUUGCCAGGGGGACAGAACUGUACGGUCAACGCAACGGGAGUAAAAGUGAGGAGCUGCUUCUAGACGACAGUGGGUGGGUGGGGCCGAAUGUGAAGGACAUGCCCUCUCCUCACCUGCGAGGGCUGAGCUCCAUGGUAACGGCACUGAGACAGUCUUUCCAGGCUCACGAGGAGCGCAGGUCAUGGGCGCGAGGACCUGUCGUGAUGGCGCCAACGUUCGAGGACGGCCUGUAUGUGCAGACGGUGGUCGAGGCCGUGAAACGGUCCAGCUGCAGCGGAGAAUGGGAGUGUGUUGAGAUCAUGAGUCAGGAGCCGGAUCCAAACCACAAUCUGUGUGAGGCUCUGCACAGGAAUAAGAACUAAAUCUAUAUUUACACCCAGUGCAUCAACUAGAAGUCUGACAAAACUGGGCUUUGAAUGUUUCUCCUUUAACUCAGCUGCUCUGGCAGUUUACGUGACACAUGACUACUUUGCUUUUUCACAUAUAGAAUACUUUGUUGGUAACAUAGCUAUGUUGUAGAUGUGUGUAUACGUAUGGUUAUGAUUUGUUUAGACACUACAUUUGUCCCAGCUCCAUUAUUCUGCUAUUCCCACCAGCCAAUUUUAGUUUGCCAUUUGUUGGUUUGAUUCAUACACUGAGGACAAACACUUACUGUAGGUUUACAGUCAUCAUACUGUAUGAAUGUCUUUUAAUGUCUGACGUUAAGCAGAUGAUGGUAAAGUGUCAGCACCUUUUAUUUUGAAAGGAAAAUAAUUCAGGCAUGAAUGAACAUUUGACUAACAAAAUAUUUUCAUUGUUUUGUUCUGGGGAAUUCAAAUGUUGCUUCCCUUGAUUUCUGUAGGAUUCAGGCUAAAUAUCAUGGAGCUGUGCAGAGGUGACCUUGUUUUUAUGUUACUACUACUUUUUUACUUUAGGAAUGUAUAAUAAGUGUCUUUUUAGAUAGCUUAAUGAUGUCAUAUACCAGGGAUUUAUCAGAAUAAGCUAUAUCAACAACGGAAUUUUUAGCAUUUCCUCUCAAAAGUCAGAUACUUCAGAUCAUUUAACUUAAAUGUCUUGACGUUAGAAAGAAGCUGCAGAAUGUUUUCUGCUGAAUGGACAAAGCAGCAUUAGUGAAACUAACCAGGACAUAAACCAGGUAUGGAAAAUCUGAGGUGAAGUGAAUUAGGCCUCUGAGGGAUUUACUGUAUAGGGAUGUUUUUCCCCUGUCUUCCACUGUCGAAACCUGGCACCAGUUUUAAUCUAAUUGUCCUCUGAAACUGCCUUUCCACAAGAAAACUACCUACAUUUAGCAGCUGCCUGACAAGCUCAAACAUAGAUAUUAUGUGGAGCACUGAACUGAAUCUUGCAAAAGAGAAAUACAAGCUUUUAGAUAAAAUGUUGUGUGUGUAAAAAAUGUUUACUUAUGUUAAUUAUCAGAGUAAUUUUACAUUUCUAUCCUCAAACCUUACUGAUAUUUUUGUUGAGUUGAACCACUGGAUUUGACAUGUGUCAAAGUUUAAAUGUGUCAUUUUAUCAUGCUCAGAUCAAGAGUUAGUGUUUUAACAGUUCAUUUCUGUUAAAAAGGAUUUAGGAAACAAGCAAUGUCUGUUGUGAUUGGUUUCUUCCUGUCUUAGUCCCACAUAUGUAUGACACGCUUACCUCACGCUGACGCUAACCCAGUGCUUUAUAAAAACACUUAAAUCAAGUUUACAUAGUAGUUUAUAUAAUGCACCACAUUCGCUCACCAUCUAUUAAAAUAAGUUCCACCUGAGUUUUAACAUUUUGUCUUUUUUGCACUGAUAAAAGGCUGCAUAUUUAAUAUGCAGUGCGAGUCAGCUCACUGCAAAAUGAAAUUAACAUUUGUCUAUGAGAGGUUUCUAUUUAUUUGGUCUUGCUGUGGGGCAGUUUCCUGUCAAUAGGUCUCGUCAGUGUUGGUCUUCAUCCUGUGAAUUUCUGUUCUGUUUUAACAGGUGUUUUUAAGUUGCGAAACUGCUGUUCAUCUGUUUGACAGAUCAUUUAAUAAAUACAAUUUCUUCA